CGCGGGUCAGCACCGCUCAGGUCUUCCAAUUGGUCAUUUUUCGAAGUCCGGACGCCUGGAAUAGGUCUUUCCUUGCCCGACGGCCUAUGGCAUUGGGUGGGUGCGACGGCGAUUUUACUCGGGGUAUAUAUAAGCGUUCUUCGACGACGAGGACGUUCCGCCUCUCAUCUUCAACCCGGCCACUGCUCUGUUUCACGCUCAUUUAGAACGCCUCCGAUGGCGACGAACGGCGCGGCUGCCACCAUGCCAGCUCCAAAGGACAUGGGAGCUGGGCUACGACCAGAAUCGCCUCCAAGCACCCCUGGGAAAGAACUCGUUGAAGAGCCUCAUCCGACGUACAAAACGGACUUUGGCUUUCUGCUCAUCCCUCGGCGACUUCGACACGAUCCUGCGCGACCAUUUGAGUGGACGUUGCUGCUCAAUAUCUCCUUUGGGUUUGCUAGCACGUUCACGGUGGCGAAUCUUUACUACUGCCAACCUCUUCUGAUCGAGCUCGCUGCGGCCUUUGACGUGUCGUAUGGCGAGGUUUCCAUCAUACCGACCCUGGUGCAAGCAGGAUACGCCGUCGGACUUCUCCUCAUCUCACCUCUGGGAGACCUGGUUCGCCGCCGCCAGCUCAUCAUCGGCCUCGUUCUCAUCUCGACCUGCCUGACCAUCGGUCUCGCUGUAACUUCCUCCCUCCGCGUCUUCUCCGCCCUCACUUUCCUCGUCGGCUUCGUCACCGUCACGCCUCAAAUCCUAAUGCCCCUCGCCGCCGACCUCGCCCCGCCAGCUCGCCGCGCCUCCGCGCUCGCCCUCGUCCUCGCUGGGCUUCUCCUCGGCGUUCUCGUCGCACGAGUGCUAGCAGGCAUCGUCGCCCAGUUCUCAGGCUGGCGGGUUGUGUACUACGUCGCCAUUGGCGUGCAGGCGCUCAUCCUCGUGUGGUGCUGGGCUAUCAUUCCCGACGUACCCAGGAAGAAUCGGGGGCUGACUUACUGGCAUAUUUUGGUGUCGAUGGGGCGGUUUGCGGUGACAGAGCCGACGCUAAUACAGGCGUGUCUGAUCAAUAUGGCGUCGAGCGCGGUGUUUGCGAGCUUUUGGGUGACGUUGACGUUCUUGCUGGGUGGGCCGCCGUAUUAUUAUAAUACGUUGGUCAUCGGCCUCUUCGGGCUUGUCGGAAUGCUGGGUAUCGCUGCAUCGCCGCUUGUCGGCCGCGCCGUCGAUGGUCUUGUGCCCUGGAAUGCGUCCCUCAUCUCUAUCGUCGCUCUCAUUGUCUUUCAGGCGAUACAAGUCGGCGCGAAUGGCAUUAACGUCGCCGCCGUGAUCAUAGGGGCAUUCGGGCUCGACGUCUUCCGUCAAAUGCUGCAGGUUUCCCUGACCACGGCGAUCUUCAAGAUUGACGGCAAUGCUCGUGCGCGCCUGAAUGCCGUUCUCAUUCUCUCGCUCUUCCUUGGCCAAGUCAUGGGCACGGCCGCUGGCACGCACGUCUUCACCGAGUACGGCUGGCGCGCUUGCGCCGGGCUCAGCAUGGGGUGGUGUGGGUGGCAGCUGUUGAUCCUCCUCGCACGCGGGCCGCGAUGUGCGAGGAAGACGUGGGUGGGAUGGGAGGGCGGGUGGGGGUCGUGGAAGGAGGUGAAAGAGAAGAAGGAGGCCAAGUCCGAGGGAAAGCAGGCAGUGUCCGAAGCGAUGGAGCCUUCGUACGAGGCCAAGGGUGCUGGAGCGAAGGGCAGUGCGCCGUCGACCGAGGCCGGCGCGGUCCCUGAUCACAAGGAGGAGCCGCAAUAGAGACAGAUGCGGCUUAGGUGCAUUGACAGGCACGGGUUCCCUGGAGGGCCUUCAUAGAGAUCGGGCCUAUUCCGAGCUGAUGAAGAUUGUGGCGCGGUCAUCGCCAUCUACUGGAGCUCUGCAAGCCCCCUCCUUGCAGCUGGGACGCACAGCUGGUGUCAGGCUGUCGAGUUGUAGAAGGAGUACCUCGACUAUCAACCUCUCGUUGCUCAACGUGCUCAUCAGGAUCAUUGGGUGACUUCCGCACACGUCAG